UUCUCUGAGAAAUCUCCAUCUGUUUUCCAUAGAGGUUAACUGAUUUACAUCCCCACCAAAUUUAUUGAAUACGUUUUGUAAACAAAAUCAAGACUCUAUAAAUAGGUUUGAAAUAUUUUCUUUCCUUAUUUCACUGGUUAGGGAGCAAUCCAAUGUUUCAUAGAGAUGAUAGCUGAAGCAGAAAACUUUUAACAAUAAAUUUUGUUGUAAUUAUUUUGUAAAAUAUUUUUCACAUCAAGUUUUUGUUGUUGUUGUUUUGUUUUUUUGAGAGAGUCUCACUCUGUUACCCAGGCAGGAACUCAGUGGCAUGAUCCUGGCUCAUUGCCACCUCCACUUCCCAGGUUCAAGCGAUUCUCAUGCCUCCGCCACUGAAGUAGCUAGUAUCUGGGUCUACAGCUUGCAGUUUUAAAGAAUCCACCAACUGUUGAAAGAAAUCCCUAGAGACUCAAGGGACUGAAUCAUCAAAGUUAAGUCUCUCAGAUUUAUUGCUAAGAAUGGCUUUAGAUCUAAGAACCGUAUUUCAGUGUGAACCAUCCAAGAAUAAUCUUGGAUCAGAAAAUUCAGAGUUUCGACGAAGUCAAGGACCUGCUGUUCAGACAGAAGAAGGGAUUUCUGAGUUCUCAAGAACGAUGCUGAAUUCAUUUCAAGACAGCAAUAAUUCAUAUGCAAGGCAGGAAUUGCAAAGACUUUAUAGGAUCUUUCACUCAUGGCUGCAACCAGAAAAGCACAGCAAGGAUGAAAUUAUUUCUCUAUUAGUCCUGGAGCAGUUUAUGAUUGGUGGCCACUGCCAUGACAAAGCCAGUGUGAAAGAGAAAUGGAAAUCAAGUGGCAAAAACCUGGAGAGAUUCAUGGAAGACCUGACUGAUGACAUCAUAAAUCCACCUGCCUUAGUCCAUGUCCAAAUGCAGGGACAGGAAGCUCUCUUUUCUGACAAUAUGCCCUUAAAAGAUGUCAUUGUUCAUCUCACAAAACAAGUGUCUGCCAAAACCCCAAGAGAAGCAAACAUGGGGACACCCUUCCAGACUUCCCAAGAUACUUCCUCAGAAACAGGACAAGGACAUGAAGAUGAACAAGAUGGCUGCAACAGUUCUUUGAAAACUACUCAAGUAAAUGAAAGUAAUACUAAUCAAGACAAUCAAAUAGUUUCUCUAAUCAUCAUCCAGGAAGAGAAUGGCCCUAGACCUAAAGAGGGAGGUGUUUCUUCUGACAACCCAUACAACUCAAGAAGAACAGAGCUAGUCACUGCUAGAUCCCAGGAAGGCUCCAUAAACGGAAUUAUUUUUCAAGGUGUCCCUAUGGAGAUGGGAGCAGGGUUUAUCUCUCAGCCAGAGCAGUUAUCCCCUAAGUCUGCCCCCACCCACCAGAGCAAUGAGGGGAACCCCACAUGUGAGGUACAUCAGAAAGGAUCCCAUGGAGUCCGAAAAUCAUACAAAUGUGAAGAAUGCCCCAAGGUCUUUAAGUAUCUCUGUCACUUAUUAGCUCACCAGAGAAGACACAGGAAUGAGAGGCCAUUUGUUUGUCCCGAGUGUCAGAAAGGCUUCUUCCAGAUAUCAGACCUACAUGUGCAUCAGAUAAUUCACACAGGAGAGAAGCCUUUUACAUGCAGCAUGUGUGAAAAGUCCUUCAGCCACAAAACCAACCUGCGGUCUCAUGAGAGAAUCCACACAGGAGAAAAGCCUUAUACAUGUCCCUAUUGUAAGAGAAGCUACCGCCAGUCAUCCACAUACCACCGCCAUAUGAGGACUCAUGAGAAAACUGUUCCCUCCACACCAGAAGCUUCCUAAGCUGCUGGUCUGAUAAUGUAUAUAAAUAUGUAUGCAAGUAUGUAUAUUUCCAUAGUAUAUAGUAUUUAUCUAUUUAGGAUAUAAUUUCCUGAUUAUGCUUUCAAUUUAUUGUCUUGCUUCAUUAAAAUGUAAGGCUAAGGAGAGCAUGGAAUUUGUUAGUUUUGUUCACUAAAGUAUUCCAAGCGGUUGGGAAAGUGGAAUGUUUCCAAGAACCAAUAAAUUUCUGUUGAAUAAAUGAAUGAAUCCAUAAUGUUGAUUA